AUGAAAUUUGAAAGACAAUUAAAAAGAAAACGACAAAUGGAACAACAUAAAGAAGAAGAACGAAGAAAAUUAUUUGAACAACGAAAAACAACAAGAAAAGAAAUGGAAAAUAAAAGGCGUCUUGAAUGGGAACAACAACAUAUGCAAGAAUUAACAACACAAAAAUCUCGUUUACUUGAACAAAUAAAUGAUUUAAAAUCUCGUGAAAAAGCUCUUGAGCUUGAAUUACAAAAUAUGGAUGAUACUAUUCAAAUAAAUAUAAAUAUUCAAAUAAUUGAUCAAACAAUAAUUGAUAUACAAAAACGUACAACUUAA